AUGGCCAUGGAUUUCUGCCUGCGGGAUAAUGUGCGAGAGCCUGGCCUGGUGUUCAAAGAGAUCCAAGUACUCGAAGACAGCGACGAGGAAGAGAAGACGUGGGGCCACAGGAGGUGUCGUGCCAAGUUGAUCUUCAAGCCGACUGGAAUCGUUCUGGGCAAGUUCCUCAGGCUUUGCUGCGAUCUGGACCCAUUCAACCCAGGCAACGGGCACCGGUCUGGCUGGCAAGCGCAAUACAGGGUCCUUGCCAGUGGAGGCCUACAGAUCUUCGACUUCGCUGAUCUUGCACCGGGGGAGUCGGACUUCAGCGAAUUUCCUCUGCAGCCGAAGGAGCAGAGGGGUUCACAGAUGACGCGCAGAUACGUGGGAUCUGGCGAUGAGCCAAGCCGAUUGGAGGCAGCCAAGGCGAUUAUGCAAGCGGAGCAUGAUUAUCUCAGUGUCUUCCACGAGAUGGAUUAUGACGUGCUCAUGUCCACGCAUGGGAACGAACGGGAACGCAAAAGAUACAAGCGUGUAUUGGCUGCAUGCUUGGUGGUUGGGUAA